GCUACAACUUCUUUCUUUCAGGUACACCUCUGUAGUUGUCGCCACAAUGAAAGACAAGAAGCAAAGGGUCAACCUAUCAACAGCAUCUGAAUUUGUUCUCAUAGGCCUUAUGCUCUGGAAGUCUGUUUUCUUAUGUCUGUUUUGGUUUUGAUCACUUAUUUAACCACCAUGGUCAGCAACACCACAAUUCUUUUUGCCAUUAGCACAGACACUAAUUUGCACAAACCCAUGUACUUCUUCCUUGGCAACUUAUCCUUACCAGAUGUUCUAUGUCCCACUGUUACUGUGCCAAAGAUGCUGGAGGCCUUGUUGACUGAGAACAAGGUGUUUUCAUUCACUGGCUGCAUGUUCUUCCUCAUUGAUGCUGCAGACACAGAGAUUUUUCUCUUGGCUGUGAUGGCAUAUGACCUUUACAUUGCAAUAUGUCAUCCCCUGCAGUGCAUGAAUACACUAGGUGUGAAACUGUGUGGUCAUCUAGCCCUUGGCACCUGGGUAGCAGGAUUUUUUAAUACGCUUGACACGUCUUUGAUUUUUGCAUUCUUUUUCUGUGAAUCAAAUGAAGUUGGCCAAGAUUACUGUGAUAUUCCCCUGAUGCUGGCCCUUUCCUGCUCAACUAAUUACAGGAAGGAGCUGGUCAUUCUCAUAGUUGCUGGAGUCAGUAUCUUUGUGGUCACUCUGAUCUCAUAUAUCUGUAUCCUCUGGGCUGUCCUGAGCAUGAACUCUUCCGAGAGCAGGUACAAAGCUUUCUCCACUCAUGGUUCUCACGUGACAGUAGGAUGCCUGUUCUACAGCACUACCAUUUGCACAGAUGUACGGCUUUCCUCCACCCACUUGCUGCAUCAGUAUAGGAUAGUUUCCAUGUUCUAUGGAAUCCUCACUCUCCUGCUUAAACCCCAUAAUGUACAGCCAGAGGAACAAAGAAAUUAA